AGUCUCACUUCGAACGUUCUCAAGAAUACAUUAAAUUAGAUUUAAAAAAAACCAAAUACAUUUAGUGUCUACACCGACAAUAUAAUACAUAUAUAUUUUUGGUAAAGAGAAAAUAUGGAGUUGAUCACAUUAAUAACAAUUUUAUUAUGUGGUCCUGUAAUUUAUUUAUUGAUUUUGGAUUAUUAUAAUCAUCACAAUAAAAAAGGAUGUCAAAUUAAUAAAAUUCCAGGACCAAAGCCUUUGCCAAUACUUGGUAAUAUUUUAUCUCUUUUGUCACAAUCUGAUGGAUACUGGUCGUACAGCAAAGAGUUGACCAUGAAAUAUGGUUCAGUGUUCAGAUUUUGGAUUUUAAAUGAACCUAUUGUUUAUAUCAAUGAUCCUGAUGAUCUCAAGGUAGUGUUGAGUAGUACAGUAAAUAUCAAAAAAAGCCAGGCUUAUGAUUUGUUGCAUCCUUGGCUCAAUACUGGACUCAUUACCAGCACAGGAAGAAAAUGGUACCAACGUAGAAAAAUUGCAAACACUGCAUUUUAUUACAAUGUACUUCAAGAAUAUUUUCACACGUUUGCAGUGAAAACUAAUAAUCUUAUUGAAAUCCUUCGAGCUGAAACUGAAUCAGGUGAAAUCAUCAAGGAGAUUCAGCCCAUAACAACUUCAGUGGCAAUCGAAAUUAUAUGUGAAACAGCCAUGGGAACAUUGGUAAAAAAUAAUAAUAUCAGCUCAAAUAAAUAUUACGAUGCAGUUCAUGAUUUUGCAAGAAUUUACAACUACAGAGUAGGAAGACUAUGGUUGUACAACGAUUGGAUUUUUUCAAUGACAUCUAAAGGCCGUGAGUUAUCAAAAGUUGUAAAAAUACUUCAUGGAUUUACUAAAAGUAUUAUAGAACAAAGAAAAGCAUAUCACAAUGAAACUGAGGGAAAAUAUUUGAGUAUAGAAAACAUCCAAGAAAAUGGAAAUACUGGAAAAUAUAAGAGAAGAAGGCUAGCUCUUUUGGAUUGUUUAAUAGCAGCAUCUAAAAAUAAUCAGGCAAUUGAUGAUGAUGGAAUACAAGAAGAAGUUGAUACAUUUGUAUUUGCAGGUCAUGAUACUCUGAGCAGUGCAUUGCUUUGUGCUAUCAAACUACUUGCUGAGCAUAAAGAUAUUCAGGCAAUUGCUAGAAAAGAAGUCAAUCAAGUCUUGAAGGAGACAGAUGGGGAAAUUACAAUGGCUGCAGUUCAGCAAUUUUGUUAUUUAGAAAGAUGUAUUAAAGAGACACUGAGAUUGUGUCCAAGUGCACCUGUCAUAUUUCGAAAAAUAACUGAAGAUGUCCAACUAAAAAAUUAUUUAAUACCAGCCGGAACAAAUUUAAAUAUUCAUAUUUAUAACGCUCAUCGUGAUCCUAACUACUGGGUAAAUCCCGAAGUAUUUGAUCCAGAUAGAUUCUUGCCGGAGAAUAGUGUUGACCGACACUCUCAUGCAUAUGUUCCAUUUAGUGCAGGACCUAGAAAUUGUAUUGGUCAGAAAUUUGCAAUGUUGGAAUUGAAAACAAUCAUCGGUGGACUACUACAAAAUUUUUAUUUCCAAACAGCAGUUGAAAGCAUUGACGAUAAUCAAUUGACUCAAGAAAUCAUUUUGAAGUGGUCCAAGCCAGUUCACAUCAAGUUUAUACCAAUUUUAAAAUGAAUUAUCUUCAUAAUAUAACAGAACAUUAAUUGAAUGAUACGGUUACAAUAUAUUGGCUCUGUAUACGGGGGAAUUUACGAGGACACUCUGAAUUUUCCGUAAACUUCCCCGUAUCGGUGCCAACAACGAUUUCGAUGAUAAUAAUCCUGAUCCUAAAAUUUUCUCCGAACAAUAAACUGAAUCAAUUAGUCACAAUACAUUAUCUAUCAAAUAAAAUUUUUUUCUCAAUUGACGAUCCAGAGUUUUCAAAUUAUUCAAUUAUUCAAUUAUAAUUUGUUAUAACCCGGAGAUAUAUUUCAUAAAAUAAUCAUCAGAAUUAUAAAAAAAACCAAAAAUAAAUUUCAUUUGUCAGCAUAAUUUAAAAUACUGAUUUAAAUAUAAGAGAAAAAAAAAAUACGAUAAGGCAUAGUAGACGAUAACUAAAAUUUUAUUUUAUAUAAAAAAAAAAAAUUCUUAUCAGGUCAUGGACAAGUCUAUGAUUAUUUCAAUAAAUAUCAAAAUAUAGAUACUUCUCGGGAAAAAAGCGUCUAGUCAUUUACCUUACAUGGAUUUUUUAAAUAAAAAAUAUAGAAGAAGUAAAGAAAAUAACAAGGAACUGUAUUUCUAUAAUGAGUCAUUACUAUACUCAUUAUCCAUUAGUAAUGAGCCAUUACCAAUGACUAAUAAGUAUAGUAAUUUUUCAAAAUUUUCUUAAUUCGCCAGAAUUCUCAGAAUAAGAAAAAUUCAAAGUAUUAAAGCACAAUAAAACUUUAUUGAAGUGUAAUUGAGUUCCGAAAUUUGAAAGUUGGAAUGAAAAACAAUCAUUGUAGUCUACUAGAACAUUUUUAUUUAAAACAAGCGUAGGACGUUGAAGGCACUGAAUAUAAUCAAUUGACUCAAGGAAUCAUAUUGAGAUGGAUCGAGCCAGUUUACAUCAGAUUCAUACCAAUUUUAAAAUGAAUUAUCUUUACAAGAGAGCAGCACAUUGAUUGAAUAAUAUAAUAAAAAGAUCCGCUGCACAUAAAGUAAAUUCUAAUCUUCAAAUAUAUUCAUAAAUAAAAGAACUGAGAUACGGUAACUCUAUUAGCUCUGUAUACGGGGAAAUUUACGGAGACAUUUAUACAAAUUACGGGAAAACUUACGGUAAAUGUCUUCGUAUUUCCCAUCAAUAUCCCCGUAUCGGUCCCCAUGCAUUGUCUAUCAAAUAAAACUUAUUACUCCAUUCCCGAUUCAUUGUUUUCAAAUUAUUCAAUUAACCCCAAUAUAUAUGUAUUUUAUAAAAUAACCAUCACAAUUAUAAAAAAACCAAAAAUAAUUUUUAUUAGUCAGCAUAAUUUUAAAUGCUGAUUAAAAUAUAUUGAGAAAUAAAAAAAAUAUGAUAAGGCUUAGACGAUAUAACUAAACUUUUAUUUUAUAAAUUUAAAAUUUUUUAUCGUAUCAUGAACAGAUUAUCUUAAUGAAUAUUUUUUCUUUCUUUUUCGAUUGUUUUUUAGUAAAUAUUAAAAUUUGAAAAUAUUCAAACAUAUAUUUUUCAAUGAUACACGUGUUUGAACUUUAUCCAAAAUUUUAUUUUAUAUAAAAAAAAAAAUUCUCAUCAGGUCAUGGACAAGUCUAUAAUUGUUUCUAUAAAUAUCGAAAUAUAGAUAUGCUUAUCGGAGAAAAAACGUUUAGUCAUUUACCUUACAUGGAUUUUUUUAAUAUUAAAAUAAAAAAGAAAAAAAAAAAA